AUGGAUAACGUUGAAAUAGAAAUAAUCGAACCGGAAGAUGAAUUGGAUUUAAGCAGGAAACGCAUGCGCGAACUUUACCGUAUGUCAGUGGUAUUACUCUCUAAACCUGAACGACUCAUACUGUAUAAAAUUCUCAAGGAUUAUCGCUUCAAGCGAGAUCUCGUGCGUUUAGUGCUGGGAUUGAAUGUACUGAUUCGGACCAACAGUAAAUUGGAACUUCUGAAACACGUGCGAUAUUUUAUUUGGGAAGGUCACCUACGCGACUUCGACAGACUCACAAAGUUUCACGAGAAAUUUCGCUUGAAGGGCCACUAUUUCAAAUCCGGCACCAACACUUCGAGAACUUCUAAAUAUUCCACUUUGAACUCCAAUUUCAAUCUGAAGUAUGGUUCCCUUGCGUCGAGGGACUCAAACCGGAGGUACCAUGUGCCUGGUUCCCCGCUCUUGUCUAGCAAUACGCUCCAGGUGCCGCAAUUUGAAGGUGACCGGGGCUCGCUUGGCAGUGGAGCUAGCACCGCGCCAAGCACCAGUCGGGCGAUCAGGGACGUGCGGGUUUUCACGAUAGUCAAGAGCCCCAGUGAGCCCAGUCUGGGAUUUGCUGUUAGAGGCGGAUCCGAACAUGGGCUGGGCGUGUAUGUCAGCGAGGUAGAUCCGGGAAGUGCUGCAGAACAAUCUGGUCUCCAAGUCGGUGACAAGAUUCUGGAGGUGAACAACAUAACCAUGCGCGGCGUCGCGAGCAGCACCGCCGUCAAGGUUCUCACCGGCAGUAAGAGGCUUAAGCUCGUCGUUCAGCGCACCCGGAAGGUCCCAGAGUGGCGCCUGUCGCGCGAGAAGACGUCGUGGUAUGACGUUCAUGACCGGCGCAUAAUCUCCGGGGACUUCGAGGAAUGCGGCAUCAGCAACCACAUCCGGGGACUCGACGUAGACGUACCGGAGCGCCGAAUCAACCUGAAGUUCGGACCGGCGGACAGGACGCUUGGCUUCAACAUCCGGGGAGGGCGGGAGUACGGGCUGGGUAUAUACGUGUCAAAGUUGGACCGGAACGGUCUAGCAGACAAGAAUGGCGUGCGGACGGGGGACCAGAUCAUCGACGUGAACGGCAUCCCGUUUGACAACAUCACGCACGAGCACGCUGUAGAGGUGCUAAAGGGCAAACGUCACCUGAUCCUCACCUUGCGGGAUGUAGGACGAUUCCCAGUGUUCAAAGAACUGUACGCUGAAUACACGUGGAGUGACGGGCAAAUGAAAACGGCCACCAGCGUCACCAGUCUGAGAGAUAUCAACGUGAUCCACUCGGACAUGUCAUAUAAAUCCGCGAGUGCUGCCGACCUGUUCUCAGCCUCGAAACUUCCCAGUGCCUUGCAGACCGAGAUCUUCCUUCCCUCCGACAGACGUCCGUCGCGAAGUUUGGUGGAAGACGAUGGGGAUGACGCAAUUGACAAUCAGGACAGCCAAAGUGACAGUGAGAGCCUUGAUCUCGAGCAGUGGGCGAAUGAUCUCCAUAACGAGGCUGGUGAAAACCGCAGAACGGUAACGGUCCAUGUGGAGGACUUUGACGCAAGUCGGUCUGAUUUCGACACGUCCAGUCGACGAUCUGACAGUGACAGUAUAGACAGGGGCACAACACAGAGAAAGGUGUUAGCAGCCGGGCCUGGUGAAUCAGAAUAUGUUAGACGCGAAUACGCCCCUAAUGCUACUCAUGAAGUUGAAUUUCACGACUACAGUAAUAGUGCAAAUGAAAGCAUAUAUGAAGACCCUGAUGCGAUUUACGCAAAAAUAAACAAAAGAGACGAACGCUACGCCAGUACAUGCAAUCUAAGUAUUAAGCCUCAAAGUGGGGGCACGCCUGAUUCCAAAGGAAGCGCAAACUACAGUGUCAACAUAAGUUUAGAGCAUAUUGGUUCACCAACACAUUCGGGUUCGCAGAACUCUAUGAGCACAAAUAAAUCCUCCGAGAACAGAGUUGCUGUGAGAUCUGAGGAUCAUGUUGAACCCGUAACAGCAAGCGUUGAUGGUGCUCUGUACGCAAAAGUUCGAAAACUAAGUGUUGGGUCGUUAAGAAAUGUCUCAUACAGCCCAGAACUAAGUCCGCACAAAACCCGGAAGAGCAUGGCCGAUCCGUACAACGACGACAAGGGGACGCAGUCCCUGCUUUCAGAGAGACAUGACGGAGGGAAGAGCGUUGAUGCGCAGACGUUGGAUAUUCGACGUCGCAGUGUGUCGUUCCAGGAUUUUACAAACGUUAUCAAUGUCGCUGAAGAUGUGGAUGAUGACGAUGAAGAUGAUACAGAAGCCGAUGAAAAGGAGUCUCGUGAAUAUAUAACGGCCGAUGCAGUAACAAAAAGUCUCGAUUUAUACAGGGAGAGCGGAACUGGAAUGUUGGAUUUAGAAACACUGGAGGAGAAAUGGCACGAGCUACAAGCGAGGCAAGAAAAGAUCGGUCAUCAAGAGUUGGGUAAUAUUGCACCUAAGUCUGGGAACCAGAAAACUGGCACGUGGCGGGCGAUUAAGAAAAAGAUAAAAGGAAGUUUGAGACUCAAGUCAUCAAAACGUCUUUCCGGAGUGGAACAAAUCGACGAUUCACUGAAGCCUGCCACUGGACUCUUCCGGUCGUCUGUAAAAUCGAAAAUCGACCCGGCAGAUAUGACGUCAUUGGAGGAUGCCGCGUGCCACCUUCUCAACGAAGACGAGUUCAACGCAGUGUUCAGGCACAUCAAGACGUACCACACCACGGGAGACCUCGAGCGGCUCGUGGAGCUCAUGCUGACCAUUCUAGACAAACCGGAGAAACUGCUUCUACUGAAGGAUAUAAGGCGUGUGGUGUACUUGCAUGACGUGGUGCAAUACGACAACCUGGUGAACCGCUACGAGAUCGAGGCCUACCAGACGCUGUCCAUGAAACUGCACCUGCCGCUCAACCACAGACUGAAGCAGAAACCCAGGCGCACACUUAUCACCACAGAGAUGGCGGAUGGUGGCCAUUUUCACAUCAAGUCCAUGAACCAAAGCCGUAAAGAAGCCGAGAUCGUUGACAUAAUAAAAGCGUCACAUGACGGCGACAGAGGAGAGCGGCUGAAGUCCCCCAUCCGGCUUGCCAACAGCGCUCAAACGGAAGUGAAGUCCGCGCUUGACCAUUUUGAGUACCUUGACCUUGAGCAGUCUGAGGCAGGGUCCAGCACCGCCACAUUCAGUGACUUUAGCUCGCAUGGUUCAAACGAGAUCGAACGAGUCCCAGGAAGUGUCGUGGUCCACCUGUCAAAAACGAAACCAUCAAUAGGUAUCGAGUUUGCCGAAGAAGUGACUAACGGUGAACGGGCAGUAGCUAUAGCGAGGAUAGACGAGCAUGGGGCGGCACACGAUGACAGCCAUAUAGAGGUUGGCAUGGUGUUACUGGGCGUUGACCGUCACAGGGUGGAGGGUUUCACCAAGGACGAAGUGUUGGCCGUCCUGGACAAAGUGUACGCCGAGAAACAUCGCGUCAGCAUGAAACUGCUCCUGCAUAAACCGGAAACUACGCACUUCUGAUCUGAAUUUCUUUUUUUAACCCUUUUCCCCAUAAGAAGCAAAGUUAAAAUGGCUUUUGCAACCAGCAUAAAGCCUGAACAGCCUGCGAGUAACUCGCAGUCUGCUCCGGUUUUAUUCUGUUUGCUGUUCAUCAGUACCUAAGGUUUUGGAAUGAAGCCUUAAAAACUUGAUUUUAGUAAGAAAGGUCUUAAAUUUAAUGUAAUAUUCUAAAGGACUACAAAUGCGUGAAAAUACGCAUCGAAGUGGUAAAGUGUGAAUUAAUUUAACACACCUUAACGUUGAGUAGUCGGUCAAAACAAGCAUGCCAGUGGUAGAGUCGCAAGAAAAGGACAAGGAAAUUCUGUAAUGGACAGUAAACUCACCGUUGUAUCUGAGAGUCAAGUUACUUAUGUAUUAUUAUAUACGGUUUGUA